AUGCUAUGCUAUGAAUGCUUCACAACAGAGUACCCGACCGGUGAUCCUCCCAUGCCGUCAGAACGUUUAGGUACAGUUCGGUGGAGAUUUAACUUCCCUAUUAAGUUUGUCGGUGUUGAUAUGAAUGAUGCCCUAAAACUAUUGCGGGUAACAGUGUGCGGUCACAGUACUGUUGCUGAAGUUGUAUGCGAGCCAUUGCAAGAUGCGGGAACGGUGGUGGCUGGCAUUCCCACUGGACCUUUAUCAGUACCGCUUGCAGUUCCUCUCGGAGGACCUCUACCUCUUCCCGAGACGACACCCCCUUCAGCACCUCCAGCCGCUUUGCUAUUCCUUGGUGGCUCCAAAGCACCCGUGGAUCCAAGAGCUUCUGCUACGGUGCUCGAAGGUGAAGUUUUGGUAGCGGAAUAUCAGCCCCCACAAUGGGACGGUCGAGACCUUGAAGUUUUUUUGGCAUGGGAGAAAAUAUACGCUUCAUCGUUAUUCUCAGCAAUAGAACUUUACGGAAAACCACUCCUCCGGGCCGCAGUGAUUUCAAGAGAAGAGUACCAUAUACUCUUCUAUUAUUUAGAAGCAGUUUCCGAAGCUAGUGACGCUCUCGCUGAACGAAUGCGAAAAUAUAUCGAUUCUGGUCUAAUAACGUCCGAAGCAACAACAGGCAAUAAUGAACCUGUAACAACUUCAAAAAAUACUGUCGUCGAAGAAGAAGAACCCCAGAGCCUUCUUACUGAAUUAAUGCAUGAAGGAGUAAUUUCCCAACAUGAUAUUGACGCUUCGUCUAUUAUAACCGGCUCUGAGGUAAAUGAGAAUGCAGAAAAUCGUAAGUCAGAUGAUUUGUCAAGUUUGUCGUCGAUCAGUACAAGUAUACGAAAAAUUAUAGUUGAUAUACCAUUGGAUUGCAACGAGUCUCUCAAUGAUGCUUCCAUUGUAGAGAGUAAUGAUAACGUUACUACAGUAACCAUAAGAAAUAGCGGUCAAUGUUGCAUUGACCACAGGAUAUCGGCUGACGUUACGGACAAUGUAUGGGCUAAUGUCAAAUGGAAUUUUCUCAAUCCACAUGAUUUUGGCUAUGAUCCCGUUCCAAGCGUCAAAAGAAGCCGGUCUGAUUCUGCUAUAACUCCAGUCACACAGCGAAAGAAUGAAGACUUGUAUGAAAGACUACAAGACGCCGAUGGAGAGUCUUGCGGGAGCAUUACUCCCUAUGAAUCAAUAGAAGAUCUAUAUGAAUGCAUAAAGAAUGGACAGUAUUCAAGCUCUGCCGUAGAAGAAUCUCCAUCUACAGAAAAUCAAUCUGAGCCACAGUAUCCAGACUAUUACGAAAAGACUAGUGUGAAUCGCCAGAGCUCAGCCAGUAGUGAAAAGAGUGGAUCGUCGUCUGCGUUUCAAUUUUCAAAGUGUGGAUCGAGUGAAUCCACGGACGUGUUUAUAUCAUGCGAGUCAACUAGCGGUAUAAGUUCAUUUCUCUCGAAGGCUAUACCGCAAUCACUGAAGCGUCGAGACUUACCGCCUCCUCCUGCUGAAGGUAACGCUAGUGAAAGUGCCAUCCUGAUGAAGCAACUUUUUAUGGGUGAAUUAAUGGAUGUUUACGGAGAAUAUUUGUCCGCAUACCCCUAUGCUCGUGCUCUGCUCCGUCGGAAAGCGCGUCGAGAUGAACAUUUUGCUGCGCUCGCGGAUAUUCGACGAGGGGCCGCUAAAUACACGAUCGCUGACUACCUCGAAUUACCGGUGAGUAUUCAUAGCUUUUCAUAAUUCAUUAGUCGACGGCCGAACUACACAGCGCCUUUGAACCGUGCCAUUGUCAUGUCAACGC